CGGGUAUAUUAAUUCUGAGUUUUUACCUUUUUAUUUUAUAAGUGAUUUGUAUUAAUAUGACAAAUUCACUUUUAUCCAAACAUAUACAUAUUUUUUGAAAAAAUAUCUAAUGUUUUGAACUUAAUAUUUGGAAUUCUUCUAAUCCUUUAAAGUUUUUUGGUGGAAAUUUCAGUUAAAAAAUAAAAUCUAAAUCUAAUCAUUUUAGAUAAAAUUCUUGAAUGGGUUACAAAAUUUAUAGUAAAUUUUUGAUUCACCUAAGACAUAUUAAAAUCAAUUUAAUAUAUAGAUUAAAUACAACAUAGAAUAAUAAAAUUGAUUGCUCCAAAUUAUUUAGGAUGGUUGACGUUUUGAGAUUUUUUUUUUGUUUUUCGUAGAAAAAAUCUACUGAAAAGUAGAAAAUACGCAGAAGUUUAGAAAACAUUAGGGAAAAAUAGGUUCGAUGCCUCUCUGAAACCCAAAUUAGAAAAUACACAUAAUUGGCAUCAGAAACCGAGGAAAAUAAAAAUUGGUGGCUCAUGAUUCUGAAGAUAGGAUGCAUUCAUGAGGAAAUGACGAUGGUAAUAACUAAAGAGUUAACUAAAAGUUUUACCAAUAAUAAUUAUUCACCAAAAAAACUUAUUCAAAUUAUUAAAAGUCAUUUAAAAGUUUGUAUACAAAUAAAAAUUGUCUGUAUUUGAAAUAGAACCAAAAUCUAACCUAUACUAAAAGGGUUAUAUGAGGAGUAGAGAGUGUGUACACGUCAGAUUAAAAAAUCAGUCAAUAGGAUUGCUUUAAAUCGCCAUGUCAGCUUAUGACUAUUCCUCUUCCUCUUCACCGAUCGAUUUCCGCUGUUAAUGUAUCACCUCCUCCUCCUACUUUCCCUUCGCAUCUCUUCUACGCUUCCUCUUAUUUUGCGGCGCCAUCUUCAUCUCCUGUGCGCCGUCGGCGCAUUCUCCUACCUCACCGUCGACCGUCGUCAGUAAUGGAAGCAGCUUCGAUCCUCAUCUCGAUCCAUAUUCACUCGAAGAAGAGAUCUCUCUUCGCACCGUGAUGUCGAAAGCUCGUGUCUACACUGAUGUGAACGUGAUCCGUUCUAAAGAGUAUUGGGAUUACCAAAGUUUAUUGUGGAAUGAUUACGAAAGUUUAUUGUGGAAUGAUACUAAAGUUUCAAUGUUGAGUGGGGGGAGCAAGAUGGUUACGAGGUAGUGAGGAAAGUGGGGAGAGGAAAAUACAGUGAGGUUUUUGAGGGGAUUAACAUGAACAGCAACGAGAAGUGCGUUAUCAAGAUCCUUAAGCCUGUCAAGAAGAAGAAGAUUAGAAGAGAGAUUAAGAUACUUCAGAAUCUCUGUGGAGGCCCAAACAUUGUGAAGCUGCUCGAUGUUGUCAGAGACCAACACUCAAAAACUCCAAGCUUGAUAUUUGAGUAUGUUAACAGCACAGACUUUAAGGCAUUGGACUACUGCCACUCGCAAGGUAUAAUGCACAGAGAUGUGAAGCCACACAAUAUCACGAUCGACCAUGAGCUGCGCAAACUUUGCCUGAUAGAUUGGGGUCUCGCUGAGUUUUAUCAUCCUGGAAAAGAGUAUAACGUCCGUGUGGUCUCCAAGUACUUCAAGGAACACGAACUUUUAGUGGAUUUACUGGACUAUGACUAUUCCUUGGACAUGUGGAGCCUUGGUUGCAUGUUUGCUGGGAUGAUAUUCCGCAAGGAACCUUUCUUCUAUGGCCAUGACAACCAGGAUCAGCUUGUCAAAAUUGCCAAGAUCCCUGGAACUGAUGAAUUGAAUGCAUAUCUUAACAAGUAUCAGUUAGAACUUGACGCCUCAAUUAGAGAUACUUUUAUUCUUACGAGGAAACUUGAGAAUUUUGAGAAUUGUUUCAAAUCAUAUCAUUCAUUCAGCUGAAACGCAGGUUCCUUCUGUAGCAUUAUAUACUAUACUUCAUCUAGAAAGCUGGUUUCUAAUUAAAACAAAAUUAACCGGCCUGGGGAUGUUUGAUAUAAUUUUUACAAAUUAUAUAUAUAUAUACAUUGUUGUUAAUGUUGUAGCAAAUCUUUGUGAAAAGCCUAGAGCCAUUUGUGAAUUCGACUGAAAGUGAACGAUGACGGUCAUGAUGCAUUGUGGCUAGAGAUACAAUGUCUGCGCAUGAGCCAAGCCAACUCCUGGCCCUGGGUCCUGGGCAUACAGCCUCGAGCUUUCUCUUAGCCUCCAAUGUCACUUACGGUUACAGGUGAUGUCUGGGGUCAAUGCAUCACAACCUACACAAUCAUUCACGACUUUGCUAGAUCAAUGUAAUUUAUGUCUAUAUACAUUACUAAGUCCAUAUAUAUUUAUUUCCACACAAGGAGAAGCUUAAGAACCGUAAGAAAGCAAUCAUGAAACUGCAGACGAAGCAAUGAUGGAAUAAUGCCUAUGGUCACGACGGAAACUUUUGGCAAUGACAGUAGAUAUGACAGAUCCAGCGUGGUAACAUGACUGGCUUUAGAACCCAAGCUGGAGUUGCCCAAAAGUAGAGGCAAAAAGUUGUGAUUUCCCUCAUUUCCUUGCCAGUCCUGUAAAGACAUAAAAAUACUUUUGGAUUGGGUUUUUCGUUAGUGUCCUAAAAAGCAUGUUUCAGUUCAAAUCAGUACGGUAUAUAUAUAUAUGUAGUAGCUAUGCUUUAACAAAUGUUUCCGUAGAAAUGUUAUAGAUCAUCUUCCCCACGUCAAACACUGCUUAUGUCCGACUUUGAAUUCAUUUUCAACAAUUUGCGUGAUAUUGAAAGGGUAUAUAUAUAUACCAUUUCUAUAUCGAAAAGUGGGUUUUAUUUAACGCCCACUCCGUAAAAUAUCUAAUUGUUUCGGUUUACCUAUUUAGUUUAUUUCUAACCAUGACACCAAAACAACAAAUUUGAAGUAAUACAAUC